AUGGCGUUCCCGUUCCCGUCCCUGGCCGGCCUCCUCGCGCGCCGCGCUCUGCUCGCGUACGCGGCCACGUGGGCGGCUGUCGCGGCCACGGCCGUGGCCGUGGCGGCGUUCGCGCCGGAGCUCGCCUUCGUCUGGGCGGUCGGGCCCGGGACCCCGCUGUCGAGGGCGUGCCAGGGCGACGACGGGUUCAGCGUCGGCCUGCCGCUCGACGGGCCGCCGUGGGACGUCGUCUGCGUGCCCGCCGGCAUGUUCGGCCAGGCCGGACCCGACGUCGUCGUCCCGCUUGUCUUCGCCGUCGUCGUGGUCACCGGCGCCGUCUGGUUUACCACGGCCGUCGGGGUGUGGGAGGAUGAUCACGACGCGUCUCUGCAACAUGUGUAGGCUGUGUGAUUCCCGAUUCGUUUUUUUUGGGGGGGAAAGGAGAUUCUCGAUUCGUUUACAUGAAUGAAUCAGAAAUAUUUCUGGUUUAUAUAUACGAAUUUUGGAUCUUGCUUCUAGUUUCCGAUGUUUUCAGUACGGAUUCAGAAUGUAGCAACACCAUAUGUCAUCAGAAUUCAGACACCUAAAAAAAAUUAAGAAACUGAAGGAAAGGAAUGUUUCAGGGGAAGACAAAUCUGAACUU